AUGAGACGGUUGUGGAACUAUUUUAAUCCUCCGCCUCCCCCGGAGCCUCCGAAGUGGGUCCCCAUUCUUGGAGAGAUGCAGAAGACCCUCCAGAUGGCCGAGUACCUGCCCCUCCGCCCGCUGCCCAUGUUCGAGAGUAACUUUACCCAGGUAACCAACAAUGGGACUCCUGCGUUACUGCACAACAAGUCCAACAAGCUGACUAUGGGUGUCGCGGCGUCCUUGCCUGGACUAGUGCUGCCUGACAUUCUGUUGAUUGCUCGGCCCCCCGAGGGCGGGGAGUGCACCAGUCUCAUCCUAACCAGGAUGAUCCCCUUACGCCUUGCCCGCCUCUAUGUCCACGAUCUGCCCACCUGGCGUCUGAAGCUGCGUCUGAGAACCGGCCGCCACUAUUUCCUGGCCCUGGAUGCCCCUGAACAUGAGCUCGCCUUUCUGUUUGACCGCUGGAUUCGCCUCAUCAACAUGCUUCAGGAGCCUAAAUUUUCCCGGAUACCAAAGAGCACGGGUCACUCCUCUCUGGAUACACCCCUAGAAGGAACGCCUGCCUCCACGUGGCACUUUCAGACCCAGUCUGAAGGCGAACUUAAAGUUGAAGUUGCUGACCACACCUUUCCUUGCAAAAUAUUCUCUUCUCGAAAACCAAAGAAGACCAAGAUGAAGCUGACCCAGGUGAAGCAGCCUGGACAGCCAAUCAAGCACACACUCAGGUCUCAGGCUGUGGGAGACUCUGUGCCUCUCAUCUGGUCACAACUGCAACCUUCUGAGGAUCAGUUGACAGUCACAAGAAACAAGUCCUAUCUAGAUGCCUGCUCUGACAGACCUGAAUCUCUAAUCCAUAUUUCUGACAAGGCCAGCAUCACCAUCCGGACCAUCUUCAGCAUCGUCUCUAACACGAUAAACCAGGCAUGCAGAUCUGAUUCUGAGGAAGACACAGGCCGGGGUGGUCUAAUUGAGACGCCUUCAAAGUGCAUCUCUCGGAUCAACACCGAUUUACCUGUCAUCGUCUCCUCUAAUGCCCUGGACAACCUCCUGUGGCCACAAAACCUUGAAGAUCACAUGGAGACUCAAUCCACCACACUAUCUUCCUUGGACACAUCUCAACCCCCUGCCUUCCACAUCUUUCCACCCAGUCCCUCCUCUAAAAAGUCCAAAGACAAGGCCAGGCCCACAGGCUCAAACAAACAUGUGGAGCCACUGUCCUCCCACAAAGCUGAAUCUGUCCCCACCGAAUCAGGGAAAAUGCCAUUCAUUCUGGACCAGUCUAAUAAGGUGCCAGCUAAGCCUGCUCCCACUCAGAUGGUGUCAGCCCUUCCCACUCCGUCUAGGAAGACCCCAACCGCACCGCGGUUGAGACCGGAGUCUUCAGCUGCACCUAGUCAUUUCCAUAAGUCUCAGCCUUCUGUUCCCCAGAAGACCCCAACUAUCCCUGGACACCCCCAGAAGCCCCAGGUUAUAACUGCCCCAACCCAGAAAGCACCUGCACGAUCCCAGAAAUCCAUGCACCCCAAAAAGGACCAUCUACUCGUAGAUACCCCAUCUCAGAAGGACGCAGUUGCCUGGUACCAGAAAGCUCUCGACUCACAGGCCCCUGUGGAUCCAAGGACAUUGCAAGGAGGAGACAUGCUUGAGAGAAAGACCGAAGGGAAGCAGGAACCCGUGCUGUUAGUGGGAGGGCAGAAUACAAAGGUGGUAGACGUGAGGGCCCAGGCCGUGUCCCUGCAUCUGCCCUUCGCCACUACCAAGAAGCAGUCCAAAGAGAUCUUGAUUAGCAAAACCCAAGAGGUCACUCUGGAUGCCCUGAAGGGCAGAGAGAAGUUGGAGAACAGGGCCCACAAGAUGGAAGAGGAGAUAACUGUGAACUUGCCUGAUCUAAAGUCCAGGGAGACAGAGAUGCAGAAGCAGUGGGUCUUGACCAAGGAGGUAGCUGUUGAGGGCCCCUACGCAGAGGACAAUAGGCCCUUCUCUGCGGAAGGGCUCGCCCUUGCCAAGAUGAUGAUUAUGGCCAACUCCAAACACCAGCAACUGAAGCCAGCUACCAUGUCUCUGCCCCCCUCGUUCUCUAUGACUUCCAAGGUGUCUUCUAUGUCUGUGUUGGCCAAUUUGCCCUUUAACACCAGCCAGAUGACCUUUCCAGAUGGGACACAAGUAGUAGUCAUAGAACAAUCGGGGUCCCAUACUAAAGUGGGUCAGGAGAAUACACGGCACCGGACAGAGAAGCCGCGUCCUGAGAACUUGCCAAGUGCUUCCCGGGAUCCCAUAAGUUUGGGUGGCAUGUCAGAGUCAAUGACACCCUUCACCUACACAAUAUCCCCUACCUCUGAGACAGAGACCUCAGUCAGGGUGCCCCAAAAGUCUGCAGUAAAACACCAAGGACUCAAGGCACAAUCACAGCAUCCUCCUUUGGUGGUGACAGGGUCAACCUCAAAAAUUCUCCUUCCUGUUUUCUUGCGAACAGAGAAUAAGGGGAGAACGACCACAAAAGCUGAGGUGCCAGCGAAGGAAUUCGGUACCCAUCAUACUCAGGCAGCUUCCUCUCAGUCCUGCUUUCUCGUUUUAUUCAGUCUGGCACCCAGACUGCAGAAUAGUGCCACCCACAUUGAGAGUGGGCCUCCCCACCUCGAUUAA